AUGGGGGCUCUGAGGGCAGCUUUGACUAGGGCUAGUACAUUAGUUUUACUUGUAGUGUCCAGCUUUAUAUGCGGCGUUAUGUCAGAUGGAUUGGACAAUAGGCCGUUGCCCGAUAUCCAGGCUAAAAUCGGCACUGUCGAAAAUGCGCAAGAACACUGGAUUGCAUACAUUCAACCAAGUUCAAUAAUAAAGGACAAGAAGCUCCCGUGGUAUCAAGAAUAUUACAAAGCCGUGCAAAAGUAUCUCCUUCCACCUGGCCAGAAGAACUUUCACGUUUACGUGGAUUCGUGGGGUCAAAGAGGUUAUAUACAUUUCAGUAUAUUCAGAUCUGAUCCUGAAUUUAACUUCUGGGAGGCCGCCCUAAAGGAUAUUUAUGAAGUGUACAAAGCCGAGAUUGCCACGCAUGCCGUUAUUUAUACGUCUAUCGCCGAUAUAUUUCCGAAUGAAGCGUACCUUACACCAUGGCUGACGGAUCUGACGUCGGAAAGUUCAGCGAUGCCCGCGAGCCAAGAUAGAGCUUCAAAGCGCUCUAGCUUGCUUAACCGACGAUCAAAAACUAAACGGCCGUCUCUAAACGAGACCAGACCAAGCUCACAACAGCAUUUACCCCUUAUGCUCGGUAUUGGAAAUGAAGAUACCGCCAGAAGUGCCAAUAAAGUAAAACGGGCCCGGCUUAAUUCUGUAGAAUUGUCACAUGAAAGGCUGCCGGAGCUGCAAGUGAUCGCACAGCCACCUUCAAUGGUUAAAGCCCCCAGAGAGCUACCAGUUCUCGGUGAUUUCUCCUUCUAUUCCACCCAGGGGAAGGGACAGAUUAUUUAUGUCGUUGAUACUGGGUUAGACAUCAACCAUCCGGAACUAAAAAACGCUAAUAUCCAAGAUUGGAUAUUCCCAGAUUAUUUUCCUAGCGACGAAAAAAAGGAUGCGACACCAUAUCACGGUACAUCAAUUAUAAGUCAGCUUGUCGGAAAGACUUUCGGGAUUGUCCCACAAGCCGAAAUAGUUGUAGUGGAUAUUUACGACGGCCGCGGUUUAAGCAAUAGAGGUCUGUUCAUACAGGCUUUUGUCGCAAUUCGACAUCAUAUAACCACUAAAAAUUACGGAAAAAACUGUAUUGUCAACAUUUGCGCUGCUUGGAACGAUCUCGACCCCUAUGCCGAAAGCUUUUUUGAAGUAUUCCUCCAUUGGGCUAACUUAAAUAAAGUUAUUGUGGUUGUACCAUCUGGAAACUUCCCUGUGAAUGUUAAAAUCGAUUCGUACCCCGCUAAGCUUCUUCACGACGAUGCGAAGAAAGACAUUUUUUGGAAACAGCUCGCCGUGGUGGGAGGCAUAGACAUGACUGGACAACAAGAGAGUAUUUUCCAAACGGCACCAUUCGUUAAGGUAUCAGCUCCGGCUACUCGUAUCUGGGUUGCCGGUCCAUUGGAAAACUCCAACUUUGGGCUCGGUCCGCGCCUUCCUCCCUCAAACAGAGAAGGCUUUCGGCUGGUUGGCGGGACGUCAUUUGCUGCACCAUUAGUAUCUGGUAUGAUUGCAAUGUGGCUUGGAGCUGAGAUAUUCACCACCAAUAAUGUCAUUGAGGAAAUGUACAAGUUGGCAUAUAAUCGUACAGAGAACGGCCCAAAUGUUCUAUAUAAUGGCAUAAGCCCGGCUCAGUGGCCCAGUCAAGAUUCUGAUGAUUCUGAUGAUGUUUGA